AGCCCCUUUUGUGUUCAUUUAUUCAGCCGUUUUUAUGAUGUUUUUCUUUUGUUUCUUUUAAAGAAAACCCGUACUCACUCCUCUAUUUUUCUCGCAUCUCCCCCUCCCCUGCUUGCUUCGUUUUAUUAAAAUAACCAAAUCAAUUUUCUGUUUUCUUUUCACUGAGUUUGCUGCACUUUAUUUGUCUGAGUCGCGUUGUUUUCAUUUGGGGUUUGUUUUGUACUGAGUUCACACACUGAGUCACCAGUCGAGUCACAAUUCCGAGUUCCCAGUUGAGUAGCGUAGCGAGUCACUGAGUCUUAGAGUAGAUUAGUUGAGUUCUAGUGUUUGAGUUCGAGUUUCUUGCUAAGUCGUUUUCAUGGUCAUGUGAUGAGUCCGUUUUCUGGGUUCUCCGAGUCCAUCGAGUCGCCUCUGUUCUAUUGCCGAGUUGGGGUUUGUGGUAGUUGAGUCAGUUUGUUAUGCUUCGUGUUUAGUAUUUUUUCGAGUCUGUGUUUUUGCUGGGCGGUUUAAAAGCAGAGUCAGAAUAGCUGGGUAUUUCGUUUUUUUCGAUUUUCUGGUGUUGCUCAAUGCUGUAGUUUAAUCGAGUCAUGUGCUGAGUUUACUAGAGUCCAAAUUUUCGAGUCUUUAGUUUUGUUUCUAAAUUUUUCGAGUCAUAGCGAGUUCUUCUGCUGAGUCAGCUGUUGAUUUGUUUGGGUUUUGGCUGUUAGUUUUUAGUGUCCUAGUUUCAUCAACUGAGUCAGUCACUUCUGCUUCGAUCGAGUCACUGUCUGUAGUCGAGUACUGGGCGUUUUCUGUUUGUUAAAUCAUCUUCUUCGUUUCGUUGCUGCGUUUUUUUUCCGAGUAGCUGAGUCGUGUGUUGCCAAGUCGGUAUCUGCUUGCUGCGUUUUGACAAGUUGUAUCACUGAUUAGUUUUGUUGAGUAAGAGUUUUAAGGCUGUGUUUUCUUGUUUGUAGCAGGUUAAUAACGUAAAUGGUUUGGCAGUAGCGUGGUGUUGUAUGUCUGAGUUCUGAGUAGCUGCUUUUCUUUGGUUAAUAUAAAGUUGCUGUGAUUCGUUUUUGUUUAGUUUACAUCGGGUCCUUUGCCAUGCUACCUAUCAUUUUGUUUGCAUAUUUCCCCGUAUCGAGUUUAAUUUAGAUUUAUUAAUAGUUAAUAUUUUUGGAUAAUUGGUAAUUAAUUAGUUUAGUUAAUUUGGAACUUUGAAUUAAUUUAGAAAAACCCCUCUUCACAUUAAUUAUUCUAAUUCGCCUAGGUUAAUUAUUAAAGGAUUGCGAAAAUAAUUUUAAUCUCUGUGGAUCGAAUCAUAAAUAUCAAAAUGGUGAUCGUGCGCUUGCGAUAUUAAUUGUAAUAUUUUUAGCACAUCAUAAAGUCGGAUUUGAUAGUAUGGUACGAAGCUCUAAUGAACCAUAAACAUGUUUUUGGGGCCGUUGACUGGUCAAUCCGUGAUCUUAUGCGACACAAAGAUGAGAAUAACCUAAAUAAACCGUUUGGAGGAAAGACAAUCUUAUUGGGUGGUGAUUUUAGACAGGUACUUCCUGUUCUGCCCCGGAAAGGCCGUGAAGACAUUGUGAUGGCAUCUAUUAACAAAUCAUAUUUAUGGGGUUAUUGUAAAGUUUUUAAACUUGAUAAAAAUAUGCGAAUAGAAACUGAUGUACGACCAUUCACAAUUUCAGGACAGCAGAUACCAUAUGCAGAUUGGGUUGUUGGUGUUGGCAAUGGGAUCGUGCCAACGAUACCAUUUAUUAAGGGGACCGUGCUAUCUUGACUCCAUUGAAUGAAGACGUUGAUCUUAUUAACAAAGAGGUUAUGAAAAGAAUUCCUAGUGAGUAAAUAAUUAUCUUCAUCAGUUUAUAUAAUAUAAUGGGUUAUAUUAUGGAACAAUAUAGUUUUUUUAUAGGGAACAUAAUGCUCCCAUCAAGUAUUUAGGUUUCUUAGACCUCUGCACAAAUGUGACUAUAUCUUUGUAUAGUGUGGACAUAAACAUGUCGGCGUGUGUAUUCCUUCCUCCUUCCUGCCCGUUCUACCAUAAUUGUAUGAACUAUUAGGGAAAAUGGCAACAUGUACUAUGUAUCAUAUGAUCAGAUGUGGAAGUUCAGAGUGUAGUAGUGACUGUAUUUAUAUAUAAAACUAAUAUGCAACUCAAUAGAAAUGUUUAAUUUCUGUUAAAUAAUUCCUGCAAUCAUUGAUUUUAUAAUAAUUAGUUUAAGUAGAAUGAUAUGUUAAAAGUUCGUUCAUAAAUCAAAAGAAUUAGAACUUAUUCUUAAAUGAAGAGGUAAGUUGUUCCCUACGAUUAACUUUCUAUAUUAUUCCUUCUACUUCUUCAAAUAUUUUCUCACUGUUAUUUCAGAUAUAUGCUACACCACUAUAAUUUAACUUUCAUCGGAUUGUUUGCAGGCCAGUCAAAAAUAUCGAAGUGUAGAUUCAAUUUGUAAAAGCACAAUUAAUUAUGAAUCAAUCGAAAACAUGUACACACCAGAAUAUUUCAUUUCUUUAAGAAUUGCAGGAAUACCUAAUCAUCAACUCGAGCUAAAAAUUGAAGCUCCAAUUAUUCUGUUAAGAUAUCUUGCUCCUAAUAAGGGAUUGUGCAACGGAACACGGCUGAUUGUCACUCAAUUAUGUUCCCGAGUUAUAGAAGUUGUCAUAGUUACCGGCAAUCAUAUUGGUGAGAAGGCUUUCAUCCCACGUAUUUGUAUGAGACCGACAGACACAACACUGCCUUUUGCACUAAAAAGAGUUCAAUUUCAUGUAUCCCUCUGUUAAGCAAUGACGAUAAACAAAAGCCAAGGACAGACACUAAAAUAUGUUGGGUUAUAUUUGGUAAGACCAGUUUUCAGUCAUGGACAAUUUUAUGUGGCGAUAUCGAGAGUAACCAUACCAUUGGGGUUGCAUAUAGUGUGUGAAAAAGAAACCCAUCCAAUUGUUGGCAUGACAAAAAAUGUUGUUUAUCAUGAGGUUUUUGCGAACUUGUGAUGAUAGGAACAAAUGAACUUCAAUUUUGUGGGGAUUGCCUGGAUUUAUUAUUCUUUCUUGGUAAUAUUUUAAUUCUAUGCAAUUUAAUCUGCCUACUACAUUUAGAAAAUUAAUAUAUAAAUGAUGUGGAUCGUUUCAAUCUCAGAACUAUUUCAUUCGGAAUAUAUUCAUUAUAUUAAGCAACUUCAUUGAGUGUUGUCAUGUAUACUGAUCACAUUUUUGUGUAAACAAAUGCAGGGAUUUAGGGACCUGGUAUUGGUCUUUGCAUUAGUAAUUGUUCAAUUUAUUUUAAUAUAAUACUUGGCCUCUGCAAGUAAUUAUUGUGACGUAUGCACUUCUUGGGGAUUGGUCGGAUUUACUAUUGCACCAUGGCCAAUUUGAAGGAUCUAGAGACCUGGUGUUUGCCUUUGGAUUAUUAAUUGUUCAAUUUAUUGAUAAUAAUACUUGGCCUGUGCAACUGAGUACUCAACCAAAGCAACCAAAAAUUCGAAUCAUCAAACAGAGUAAUGGAGCCAUGCAGAUUAUUGAAGAAACUAACUCUUGGAAGAGGAACAAGAUUCAUUAAAGUUAUAAUUUCAAGGGAAUGGGAAGGGAGGAAAGCAGGAGCAACAUAUGCCACAACCAAAACCUAUAUCAUUAUUGACGAAGAGAGGGAACCCAACUUCAGGCCGGAAAAGUUUGCAACUUGGAACUGUAUACUUGAUCUCAAACUACGAUGUAGUCCCUGCGCCCGAGACUUACAGGCCUAUGGCGGGAGAGUAUGCUAUCAACUUCCAUCAAAAGACUAGUGUCAAGAAAAUUGGUGAUGUACCAGCUAUACCUAUGUUUCAAUUUCGGCUGAAGACUUUCGAACAGGCAAGAGCAAGACUGGGAGAUUUUGUAAUUCUUAUAGAUGUUGUGGGAAAGUUGAAAGAUUAUACCGAUAUACAAACUACAAAAAGCGGGAAGAAGUCAUUAGAUAUUGUCCUCUCAGGCGAAAGGGAUGAGAUAAAAGUCACACUAUGGGAGAAUCAAGCAUUUGAUUUCCUUAAGCGGGAAAAUGAGUACAAUUAGCCAAAUGUCAUUGUUAUCAUAACUGGUACUUCCACAAGACUCUUGUCAGAGGAGAAUUUGUGUUGUGGUCAAGCAGUUCAACAUAGUACUUUUUCAAUAUUGACCACGCAGCUGUCACAACACUACGUGAGAGUACUAAAUUCGAUAAUACUAUAAUCCCACCCUUGUGCCAUCUAUGAGGAGCCAGGAGCAACCAAUUACGAAAAAUGUUAAAACUGUACCAAUAGAAGAACUGUUUGGAGCACAACUACCGGAUGGAGAAAAUGUAAGAAUAACUAUCAUAAUUUUUGUCAUUGAUAAUGCAAACUAUAACAAAAAAAACUUAUUUACUCACAAUAUACAUUGCCUGCUGUUAAUUUAAUGUGCAGUUUAUUGAAUUCUAUACUAAAGCAACUGUGAUUAGGUUAUUUCAUGCCCAUGGAUGGAAUUAUAUUGGCUGCAACAAGUGCGGCAAAAAAAUGAAUGACUUUGGCCAAUGUAGCAAAUGUUCUGAUGAAACAAAACCAAUACCGGUAUAUAUAGUAACACUUGUAGUUCAGGAUUCAACUUUCGAUACGUCCUUUGUCAUAUUUGAUAGACAUGUCAUGCAACUAAUAAAAGUCUCAGCACAACAUUUACUCAACAGU